GGCUGAGGGCGGGUGGUAGAGCUCGCGAGGCUGCUGCCGGGAGUGUGUGGCUGAGGCGCUGAGGGAAACAAGACCUGCGCAACAGCUCUGAUCAGCUUGAAAUGACACGAGUGAAUGCUGUCGGGGUGACUGAGAAAGGGCUGCUGGGUGGAAGACCCAUGUAAUAUCUUGAUCCGUAUUGAUCUCCUCCAAGAUACCAACUUCGCACCUGAGUGAAAAAGCUUUUUCAGGAUGGCUUUGAAUUGCUACUGGGGAUUCUUGGCAGUCUGUAUGAUGACUUUUCCAAGCACACUUUGUUUCCAGCAGGACCAAUCCAGAGUGUUACUAUUAUCUUUUGAUGGAUUUCGAUGGGAUUACAUUUAUAAAUUCCCAAUGCCUAACUUUCAUUAUAUCAUGAAGAAUGGUGCUCAUGUUAAACAGGUUACUAAUGUGUUUAUUACAAAAACUUAUCCUAAUCAUUAUACAAUGGUGACAGGUCUCUAUGCAGAGAGCCAUGGCAUAGUCGCUAAUGAAAUGUAUGAUCCUGUCCUGAACAAAACUUUCUCCCUGAACAGCAUGAACAUCUAUAAUUCAAAGUUCUGGGAAGAGGCCUGUCCAAUAUGGGUCACCAACCAAAUGGAAGGACAUAGAACCGGAGCUGCUAUGUGGCCUGGAACAGAUGUAAAAAUACAUGGAGUCUUUCCUACGCACUAUAUGUUUUACAAUGAGUCUGUUUCAUUCGAAGAUCGAGUUGACAAACUUAUUGAUUGGUUUACCUCAGAAGAACCCAUCAAUUUUGGUCUUCUGUACUGGGAGCAGCCUGAUGCGAUGGGGCAUGUUUUGGGCCCAGAAAAUCCACGUAUGGGCGCAGUCAUUAGUGAGAUUGAUGACAAACUGGGAUAUCUUGUGUCAGAACUGAAGAAAGCAAAGUUGUGGGACACACUGAAUAUCAUAAUUACAAGUGACCAUGGAAUGGCACAGUCUUCUUCAGAAAGGCUCAUAGAGCUUGAUCAGUACGUGGCUAGAGAGCUGUAUACAAUGGUUGACCAUUCUCCUGUGGUAGCAAUUUUACCAAAAGAAGGCAAACUUGAUGAAGUGUAUGAAGCCUUGGUCAAUGCUCAUCCCAACAUGACUGUUUAUAAAAAGGAGGAGAUUCCAAAUAGAUUACACUACAAACACAACAGUAAAAUUCAACCAAUCUUAGCAGUGGCUGAUAAAGGAUGGGAAAUCUUACAAAACAAGUCUGAUCAACUUCUCUUGGGUAAUCAUGGAUACGACAACGUCCUACCAGAAAUGCACCCAAUCUUCUUGGCCUAUGGUCCUGCCUUUAGAAAGAAUACCACCAAAGAAGCCAUGAGUCUCACAGAUCUGUAUCCCUUGUUGUGCCAUCUGCUUGGUAUCAGUUCAUUGCCAAACAACGGGUCAUUCAGCAAUGUGGAAGAUUUGCUUCUUACAGAAGUUCCAAGAGACCUGAAUCCGAGAUAUUAUGCACAGGAGUCCUAUGCCUAUUUUAUAGGAGUUUUUCUUGGUAGCAUUCUUGUUGUUGUUUUUCUUCUAGUUUUUAUUAAACACAUAACCCAGAGCCACCUACCUAGAAUGCAGGUACAACACACUGAAAUUUCCCAGCCGUUACUACAAGGGUAAUAUUACUUUCCAAUGAAGGCACUUUAAUAAAAACAAUGAAAAGUUAUUCUAGGUAUUUUGAGCUUAAAAGAAGUUUUCCUAGAAAUUAUUAGGUGAGGAAAUCUGCAAAAAUAAAUGCACAUGGUGCACUGGGGUAAAUAUGUAACAGGUGCAUACAGGGAGAGCAUGUUUCUGUUGCACCAUAUAACCACUUAAUUUUUCAGGGGUUGAAAACCCCUCUAGAUAAUACUGGAAGGAUAUGUAUAUAGAUAUUUAGUACCUUUAAACCCUUGGAUACCUCAUUUUAAGCUAAUAUUGGGAAAUAGAAAUCAUUUUAGAUUCACUAAGCUCUUGGUCUUUAUCUUCUGGAUUUAAACAAAAAUCUAUUUAGGUUAAGAAAAGAGUGUAAGGGAUCCACCGUGGAAGGAUGGGCAGAUAAAAUCUAUACUAUCCAAAAUGCUCUGAUUUUGUGCAUUCAAUAUAAAUAUCACUAGAAUAGUGUUUGUACAAGUUGCAAAGCCAUGUAUGUCUCUGAAUUCUCUCUCUAAAUUAUAGCAACUAAAAUUCAUACCUUGAUAUAUUCCAAUGUUGUUACUAUAAUAAUCAGUCAGUAUUAAAUUUAUUUGAACUGCUAUUUGGUUAAAAAGUUUAAGGCUUCAAUUAACUAAAAUAUUCAGUAGCGAAGUGAAGUAGGAAAAACAUCAUAACUAACAAGAACCUACAUGGGUCUGUAUCAUACCAGGAAAACUGAGCUGAAUUAUCAAAAUGAUGCUAUCUCAUGGAAGUAAUAGACAACAAAAUAUUGGACACAGCAGGCCAAAUCCCCCCAGUUUAAGCAGCUGUGAUUCCACUGAUGCCAGUGGAGCUGAGCCCCUACCGGUCAGCAGUGAGUUUGACUGCCCUUUUAAAAUAAUAUAUCUUUGCAAGGUGGGGGAUGUGUAGGACUUUCUUUGCAGCCAUAGGGUAAUCUGCAUCACAUUGUUUGUUGCAGACAGGUAUCUGGAAAGUUUCCACAGAAACUAUACUGAUGCAGUGGAUACUGCUCAGGAGUGAUGUGGCAAUGAGACCCUCUCUCAUUCAAGAUCUAUUGUAAUUCUAAGUUCUUAAAGAAUUUUACUAGUUUUUAUGUAAAAACAAUUUUUUGUCUGAAUUGUAAAGGGUGGCUUUUGCUUGAAAGUGGAUCAGACAGGAUAGUCUGAAAUAAGCAAGAAAAUUGAUAUAAUUAGCAGGAAUUCUUCCUUAAUGCAACUUGUGUAGCAACAGGUGAUUGUGCAUUUUGGUCUUUAAUUGUAGCAGGCAGUGUUGUGCAUUUCUAAAUUGAGUUAUAUGACCCACAGAAGGCUGGUGUUUCAUGGGCUGUGGCUUAUUGUCAAAUUGGGGUGGGCAAGAAUACUGAAACUGAGUUGGUUGUCACAGAAUUCAGUUUCAAAACUCAGCAUUGUGUAUAACUUUAUCUGACUCUCAUGUCUGUGAAAUUCUGUUGUAAUUGUCCUGGGGAGCAUGUGCUAUUGCUCAAUCUCCAUCUUUGCUUAGGUGGUCAAGGAAAAUCACCCUGUGGCCAUAGCGUCUGUAAUGUAAAGCUGCCUGUUGCUGGAGAAGCCCACAUCCUGUUUUUAGUGUCAGAUGAUAACAGAAGUAGACUAGGCAGUAGACUUUGUCUUAAAAGAAUUAUUUUGUUUGAUGAACUAAAACAGAUGAAAAUGGCGUUCACAGUAGUGGUUAAGACCUUGAAGCUCAGCAGAUGAACCUAGAUUAAAAUCAGGCUACCAGUAAACUUUACUAACAGAAAGGUCAGGAUCCACUGCAAUCUUUACUUUGGCAAUCUUGUCCUCAGGAAUUGGUGGAAAGUAUUUUGGUUGGAUGGUAAGGGGAGAUGUUUUGUAUAAAAUCUCUACCUUUUCUGAUCUUAGUAACCUAUAUGCAAUAAUUCUCUCAGAUCAAUUGAAUAAAUGUAUUCAAAUUCAGAACUGAGAGCUACAAUCUGACAGCACUUCCUGCAUUGCAGAAGCCUAGAUAAUCUUCCCUUACUCUGUCCAUUUUCAGUAGCUUCUUCACUCAAGCUCUGUCUCCUCAUCCCCAUGACUUUGGUAUUAAAAAUUUCAUGCAGGAUAGACAAUGUGAUCUUUCUUUGCACAAUUGAAUAGUUAUUUUCUCUCAACGUGGCAGGGACCUUAAUGUGGCUUUUUAGCAAAUGCCACAGUGAGCAAGUAAAUUAUAUCCUCAAGGGUGUAGUAAGCACUUGCAAUUUGUUUUUAUAUCAGGUUAAAAGUUGUAUAAUUCAGUCUGUUAGGCAAUUUACUGAUUUAGGGAAAAAGAAGUUCAGUACAUCUGUCAACAAUAACAUUUGUACCCAGAAUUCCCAUAUCUAAACAUACAGUCUAGUGAAGAGCAAUGUGUUCUAAGAGAAAAUUUUGUAUUUGUGAGCCAAUACCCCCAGGAAAAAGGGAUUUUGCUAGUCACAAAACCUGUUUAAGUUGAAGCAUGCACUGUACUGUAAAAAUAACGGACAGGUUUUGAAGGGGGAAGCUGUGUGUUCAGUUGUUUGAUUUUUAUAUCCCUACAAGCUAAAAACUGUCUGUUUUCAUGUUUUAUUUUAGUGUAAAUAAAAAAACUUUAAUGUCUAUGGUUUAGGAAUAGUUGCAGGACACCUAUCUAAUAGGGGUUAUGUUUAUAAAUGAACAAGCCUAAACUUGUACGCACAAGAAAUAGUACCAUGGGAGAAGUGUGAUAGAUGCUCCAGCCCAUGCUCUUUGAAAGGGCACAGGGUGUGAUGUGUGUGCCUUUUGAGUACUUUAAGAUUGCAUGUGAUUGAGUUAGUGGAAGCUGGGGUUAAAAUAUAUUGUGAGUUCAGGGAAUUGGAAAGCUCGCACUGUUUAACAAAACACACUAAAAUGUGGCAUACUUUGACUCUAGUCAAUGUUCUUUCCUAUCUGUGUUUGCAAACAAUUUUGUCAGUGCUAGUAGUAUUCAAGUCAUAACUAAGAUUGUUGAGAACCUGAAACUUGUAACAGUUUUAUGAAAAGAUUUAAUAGGCAUGUGUUUUAAUUACUGAAAUAAUUAAAACAGUAAAUAGUAAAGAAACAUGGGAGAGUUCUGGUUUCAUAAAUUGAAUGUGAGCAAACUAAGGGUCUGGGAUAUGAAACUGUAAGGCCUCACAUGUAUUCAUUAUAUUUUGAUAUAUGCAACUUAACCGUCUUCAUAAAGGUAUUUUGUGGCUGAGUUAACAAUUA